CGAAAGUUUUUGAACCCCCUGACUCGAUGCGGCCCGCCAUGGGCGCGGGCGCGUUGCCUCGCGGUUUUCGCCGCUGACUCGAUGUGGCGCCUAGUGCUGCUGGCAGCGGCCCAGGGCUUGCAGCUGGAAUGCCCGACCACGGACGACAUUUUGGCGAACCUCACGGCGGAGUAUGACGUCCUCUCCCACCCGGGGAAGCGGAGCAAGCAGCCGACCCACGUGGGGCUGCAGCUCAUGGUGGCGUCCAUCGUGAAGGUGGAGCAGAAGCAGCAGCAGUUGGCGCUCGAGGGGUACUUCCGCUCUGAGUGGGUCGAUCCGCGCCUGGCCCAAGCAGGCCCCUGCAAUGAGACGGUGGUAAUCACUUUGCCGCAGCCGCAGGGGCAGCCGGCGAUUUGGCAGCCGGAUAUCUUCUUCGACAACUCCGUGAGUGAAUGGUACGGCUUCGGAUCCUUGACUAUCUACCCUGACGGCCGCGUCUUUCGCUCCCGCCGCUUCCACCACACCUUCUCAUGCCGCAUGAACUUCGAAGCGUUGCCCUUCGACGGUCACGACUGCAUGGUCGCCAUGUCGUCUUACUCCUGGGACGUGGAGAAUGUCAACGCUACGGCAUUCUCCAACGGCGCUGUGGACAUAGACCCGGAGUACGAUGGCACCAACGAGUUCAGAUUGACCACGGUGUCUGACGAUGUGCAGACCACGUGGUUUGGCACCGGGCUCAACCGCAAAGGCUAUGCCUACAUCUACGUGUACAUGCACCUGGAUCGACGUCCUACUGCCUACAUGAUGUUUGUCUUCGGCACUUGCAUGUUGUUCGCUUUGGUCGCCUGGAGUGGCUUGUUCAUCAACCGCGCCAUCGCGCCGGCGCGGGUCACCAUCGCGGUGAUCCCGGUGUUGAUCAUGCUGAACCUGGAGACCAACGUGACUUCAACUUUGCCUCCAUUGAACUACCUCACCUGGCUCACCUCCUAUUUGUUGCUCAUGAAGCUGUUCAGCAUCUCGGUGGUCUUCGAAUAUGCACUGGUAGCCUUCCUCAUGCAGCUCGAGGCGGCCCGGGAGCGGCAGUUCGAGGCGUGCAAGCACAUUGCAGCCGCCUUGAAGAAGAAGAGAGUGGAUGAAGAGGCGUGCAUCGCGCAGGAGAUUGUCCAGUUGGCGGAGCGAUCCCCACAGAUCACGGUGACCCGGAAGGAACCCCGAGCCGCCUGGAGCAAUCCUGGCACCCGAGGCAGAGAUGCCCAAGCUCGAGACCCUGCGGCACACGCGACAGGCGAUGACUUCUUGAACAUCGGCGCACAUGGGCGCGAAGCAAGCAAGUUGAGCCGCCUGGAUCCUGCUCGGAACUUCGCCAAGCUGGAAAAGCAUUUCGACCUGGACAAGUCGGGUGACCUGGGCUGGAAAGAGGUGCAGCGGGGCUUCCGAAGGCUUGGGCAGUACUGGUCGAAGGAUCAGGUGCAAGAGCUCUUCUACCGCUUGGGCAUCCAAGGGCAGACACUGCCGUCCGCAGACUUUCAGAAGCUCAUGAUGGACAUUGACCAGUUUAUGCCUGGGAAGGCCAUGAGCAUCACCUUCUCCGAGCACCCUCCAUCGCUGCAAGUGGAUCUGGUGUUCCGCUAUGCCUACAUCACUGGCGUGAUCGGCACCACCGUGACCUGGACGGUCUUGGCCUUCCUGUGAUGCGCCCUCAGCGAGUGGCUCGCACCGGGUAUAAUAUCUAGGUCCCCCAGUAGUGCCCUUCUACCCUUUUUGGGGGGAGGGUUCCCC